AUGGAUUCGUCUCCUCCUCCACCAGGAUCAGUACAGGAACCAACUCCAUUAUCGGACGCUGAAAAGAUACGUUUAAAGCGUCUUGCAAAACUACAGCAAGGAAAUUCUAAUAAUUCUGGUGAAUCUUCUCAACCCACUGCGUCAUCCUCUAAAACAGUGUCUGCGCGGACGAAUAUUUCACCAAAAACGCCUACGCAAGAAAAACCUGCAUCGCCGAUCAAAAGAUAUUCGCUACCUGUUAAUCAAGAACUUCCUGAGAAGACUCCUCCCAAAAUUUUGCCACCAAUUAAAUCAUUUGAAGACUGGCAAAAUGAUACCAUCUCCAAAAUUCUUCAAAUUACCCUUGAUAAAUCAACGGCCGAAAAAAGUGGAAAUCGAUUGAUUUAUCUUGAUUCUGUUGUGAAAACAUUAAUGGAAGAAAAUCCUGGAACGGAUUCUUUUAAAUUGUCAAAAUCGACUAUUGAUAGUGCUCUUUUUGCUCGACUAUCUAUUGAUCCUAAUCAAAUGAGUGAUAGUGACCAGCCCCCCCAAAUUCCCUUAUUUGAUUAUCUGCUUGACAGUUGGAAAAAGGCUUCCGAAAUUAAAAGAUCAACACGUGCUUCUAAGACUUUAGAACAAUCGGUUAUUAAUGAGCGAGUUGAUGUCAUAGAUCACCUUAAAGAGCUUAUAAUUAACUAUGUACAAUAUGUCCUUCUAUAUCCUAAUGACCUUCCACAAGUCAGAAAGUUGUCAUUGGUAACCCUAUCGGAAAUGAAACCAUUGGCCGAUAAGAUAACGAAAUUGCGCAAUUGGAAUUCACCCAAUACGAACGCAAGAAUAUUUGAAGGUGGUUCAUUUUUGGGACCAUUUUGUAAAUUUUCCGCUUUUCCGACCGAUGAGCCAAAAAUUGCUGAAAGCUAUUUUACUAACCCCAAUACAAGGAGGCAAGCUGAUAUUGAUUCAGCGAUGAUGAGCUUAAGAGGUGCUAUACGUGGGGUGCAGCAAUCUGUUUUCAAAAUCUUCAAUAAUAUUGUUCGUUCCUCACCAUCAGCGCGAGAGUCUGCGCUUAGUUAUUUUGCUGAGGUCAUUAAAUUAAAUGAGCGAAGGGCUCAAAUGCAGGUUGACCCAUUCCAAGUUGGAUCUGAUGGAUUCUUAAUGAAUUUGACAAGUAUAUUAUUACAUUUUGCAGAUCCCAUUAUGGAUAUGCGAAAUCCAAAGAUUGACCGCAUAGAUGUCGAUUAUUUUCGUAAAUCUAAUCGAAUUGAUAUUAGCCGGGAGACCAAAAUUAAGGCUACUCAACAAGAGGCAGAUGCGUAUUUUUCAAAAAUAGACGAAAGUGCAUCUGCUCCAAAUUUUAUAUCCGAAAUAUUUUUCCUUACAAUUGCUAUGCAUCAUUAUGGUCCAUUACAUUCCUAUGAAGUUUUUAAUAAUUUUAUAAGAGAUAUAGUAGAGCGUCAAAAACAAUAUGAUCGAAUGAGAGCUGAUCAGCCUAAUUGGGCGGGGACUCCGAUGGCUGCAAGAAAUGAAGAACUGUUGGCACAUUGUAAAGUUCGUAAUGUUCAAUAA